GUUCAUAAUGUAUUCGCAGGAAGACGGUGUUCCCCGAAGACCGAGCGCACAGCGCAGACUUCCGGCCGUUUGAGUGCGUUUGCACCCUAAUGAUUUAAAAGCGAUGGUCUCCUAUUGUGGCUUUUUAGGUAGGGACAGGCAGGCAGGCACAUAGGAAGUAGGAGCAGGGCUGCGAGCUUAUACCUCCCGCUUUUUAACCCUAACCCCACUUACAGCAUCAUCUCAACUGACGAUUGCAUUCCAAUCGCACCUUUUUAAAUGAAUCUUGUAAGAUUCAUGAACAGCAGAGUUCCGUCCAACAAACGAUACCAGCCGACUGAGUAUGAGCACGCGGCCAACUGCGCCACGCACGCGCUCUGGAUAAUUCCCAGCAUCCUCGGCAGCUCCCUUCUGUACUUCCUGUCUGACGAUGAAUGGGAGACCUUCUCCGCGUGGAUCUAUGGCAUCGGCCUGUCCGGCCUCUUUAUUGUGUCCACCGUGUUUCACACCAUCUCCUGGAAGAAGAGCCACCUUCGCGCCGUUGAGCACUGCUUCCACAUGUGCGAUAGAAUGGUGAUCUACUUUUUCAUUGCGGCCUCCUACGCCCCCUGGUUGAACCUGAGAGAGCUGGGCCCGUGGGCCUCUCACAUGCGCUGGAUUGUCUGGAUCAUGGCGUGUGUGGGCACUGCAUAUGUAUUCUUCUUCCAUGAGCGGUACAAGAUUGUGGAGCUGAUAUGUUAUACAGUAAUGGGUGUCUUCCCUGCACUGGUGAUCCUCUCAAUGGUUAACAGGGACGGCUUAUUCGAGCUGAUAGUGGGUGGGAUGUUCUACUGCCUGGGGAUGGUCUUCUUCAAAAGCGACGGCCUCAUACCUUUUGCCCAUGCUAUCUGGCAUCUGUUCGUGGCCAUCGGAGCUGGCAUCCAUUACUAUGCCAUCUGGAGGUACCUGUACAUGCCAGGGAGCAGCGAGAUGAAGACCUCCAGAUGACACACGCAGAGCAUGUGACCGCGACGCGGAAUGUGUCACUGGGGUUCGAGUGUCACCCACCCUCUAGCUGUGGGAACAUUGACCUCCUGGGAAGUUAUUAUUGGGCUUGAAACCAUUGUUCUCACUGUCUUCUUUCGAUUCCUGCAAAUUGAACAGUGUUUGCACAAAAUCUAAGAGAAUUUAAGUUUUUUUUUUUAGCACACUGCUUUAUAAAUUAGUAAUAUUGUUGUUUAUUCUUUUCUAUAGUGUUAGAAAAAGACGUAUUGCAGAAUACUGAAGGAAAAUGUUUUCAAUAUGACUGUAGUUCUCCAUGGAAUGGAGUUACAUAUUUACUGAUACAUUUCAUACUGGACAUUCACACAUUUGAGACUCCAGUAGGAUCUUCAGUAAAUUCAUUUGUAAGCUUUAUUAUUUCGAAACUUUAACCAGUCAGAGUAUUGCUUAACUAUCAAGCUUAGACAUGUGUACCACUGCUGUUUAUGUACAUUAAGUAUUUAUUUAGCACUAUAGACUUUUAUUGUCUUGAAUUCAGUGACAGGUUUCUGGGUCUUAAUCCAGAUGCUUUAUGAUGCUCACAUAUCAAGAGCAAGGAGAUGGGAUUGUUAUCAUUUUUUAAUCAAACAUGACUAAAUGUUAUGGUUAAAAAGGUUCACUGAUCAAACAGUUUAGUUUGCUCUCCAGGACUGUAAUUUUAUAUGCAGUAUAUUUGUGUUUUUUGAGUGGUGUUUUUCAUCUUUCUGCUCCUUUUAAAGCCCCAGCUACAUUAAUGUCAGUAUGCAGAUUCUGACAUUCGUGUUUUUAAAUAAUGCUUCUGGUAUCUUAAACCACAAAUAUCCAUGACCCAUAAUUGCAAAGUAUGCUUUUUUUAUUAUGCUAUAUGGCCAAAAUAUGUGGACGCGAGUUUGUCCAACAUCUCAUUCUAACACCAAGGGUGUUAAUGACGUUGGUAGAUCUUUUUUUUGCUAUAAUAGCUUCUGCUUUUCAUUAGAUGUUGGAACAUUGCUGGUGGGACUUGCCUGCCAUUCAGUAUUAUGUUUGGUGAUAAGGCAUCUUUCUGUGUAGUGACUGAACCUGCUGCCCUUUGCUUCCACUUCACAAUCACUUACUUCUCUUGUGGUUGACUAGGGCAGCCCCAGCAGGGCAGAAAUUUGGCAAACUUUUUACAAAGAUGAUGUCCUGUGAUGCUGCCAAGUUGAAAGUCAUUAACCUCUUCCAAAUGACAGCCCAUUUUGCCGCUGCUGUUUGUUGCUGGAGAUUGUAUAGCCUUGUGCUUAAUUACACAUCUGUGUCACAAAUGGCUGUGGCUUAAUUACCCAAUUCUUCUAAUCAGUAGGGGUGUUUGCAUAUGUUUGGCCAUAUAAUAUACUUAUUCUCAUGUAUAAUGAUGUAAUGAAUCUCCUGGACCUCAGCUACCCACAGCACUGUUCAGAUGUGAUUUUGGAGCACUGGGGGAAAUAGUGGCCAAGAAUUAGGGCCAAAGAGACAAGAUUUUUGUAGUUUUAAAAGUCAGUGACUGGAAGUAAUCACAACAAUGAAGCGUUAAAGAAUUUAAACAGAACGAUCUGAUUUACUUUAGGUUUUAAAGAACCUAAUUGAGUGCCCUAUAAAAGUGUCCUGGAGUAGCCAGAUUGUGACAUGAAAUUAUGAAAAAUCCACUGAAAACUUGAAAUCAUUCCAAGACCCCUUUGGGUCGGGCGGCACAUUGGCUUGUGCCAGCCUUUUACACUUAACUGUAUACAUUCCCAUGAGUCUGUGCACUAUGUUAAUUCUGGGCUUUUUGUGCCCAGUCUCAGAUCAGGAAUCAUCUCUCUGUUUUCUAUAUGUGUGGUCAUUCUGAGUGAUAUUUGCAGUGUAACUCUGGAUAAACUUUGAACUUUCAUUAUCUAGGGUGCAUAUAUAUCUGUACAGGAUUUUACCAUUAUCCAUUUUAAUCUAAUGUUAGUAUUUUCAAAAUAUUUAUUUGCCUUUCCAGUGUGGGUUCAGAUUUAUGCUGUUUUGCUUUGUUAUUUAUUUUUCUUCAUUUAAUAAGGAAUCCGGCUGAUGAGAUUUAUGUCUUCUAUAUACCAAUUUUGUCAUGUUUCUAGCUUAUUAUUUCAAAGGAUUAAUAUUAUAUAGUAUUAUCGUAAUAGUUGGACAUGAUGAUAAACAAAUCGAACUCUCUACAUAUUUUUUGUGCAAUAUUAGGAUUUACCAAGUAUCAAUACACUGUAAAAACCAAAGGUGAAUCGAUUUUCUGAUUAGGAGUUCUGUUAAACAUUGCAGUGCAACUUUUCAUUAACUCACCCCAAAGACUGUAUAUGAUAAGCAGUUUCUUAAAUUGUAUUUACUUUCCAAAAUUGUGGUUAGUGAUAAAAUACUGCUUCACUGUUUGCGUCAGUUUUGCAGAGUCCUAUAGUGAUAUAAGUACAGAGUAUGAUUUAUUGUGGGUUAGUUAUUCUCUUCCUGUAAUGACAUGGUAUUCGACUCAUUUUAGUACUUUAAUAUUUUAUUUUAAGACCUGUUUCAAGCAAGAAAAGCAUUGCUUUGAUAAGAUUAGGUUAGUGUUAAUCUGUUUUGGAUUAGACAUUUUAAUUAAUGUAUAUGAAUCUUUUUUGUUAGACCUGCAUUGUAAAUCCUGUGUUCCUGGAUCAAAAAAACUGCAAUGAAAUGCAUCAUCUUUGGUCAUCGAAGGCAGAGCCAGACAUGGAGUUAUUCUCUUUAAGUUGUAACAGAUUUUCUUUGUCGAAUGUCACAGGUGCUGUUGGCAGUUAGGUGGGGGGUGAAUAUUAUUUCUUACUCACAGAUGUCUGAUUGAUAAUUCAUACUCCUGGUUUCCUCGGUGCAACAUAGAAGUAAUGUAAUAUGUACUUAAACUUUGUAACUGUAUAAAGUCAAAAAAUACAGUGGUACCUCAGAACUCGAAUUUAAUCCGUUUAGAACUCCGGAUCGAAUCCUAAAAAGUUCAAGUCGUGAUCGAAUUUUCCCCAUAAGAAAUAAUG